UUUCUCACUUGCCAGGGAGCCCUUCUCUCUGCAGCUGCCUCGCAGGCAUGGACAACCUGCGCGAGACCUUCCUGGGCCUGGAGGAUGGCUUGGGCUCCUCCGGCAGCCCCGGCCUGCUGUCCGCCUGGGACUGGAAAAGCAGGGCAGGGCCCUUUGAGCUGAGCCAGGCCUCGCCCACUCAGAGCCUCUCCCCGGCCCCCUCGCUGGAGUCUUACACCUCUUCUCCCUGUCCGGCUGCGGCUGGGCUGCCCUGUGGGCAUGGGGGUACCAGCAACGAGAGCAGCAAUGGCUGCAGCGGCCGUGACCCUGGGGGCCUGGUAGAGGUGGACUACAACAUGUUAGCUUUCCAGCCUGCCUACCUGCAGGGCGCUGGGGGCCCCAAGGCCCAGAAGGGCACCAAAGUCAGGAUGUCUGUGCAGCGGAGACGGAAGGCCAGCGAGAGGGAGAAGCUCCGGAUGAGGACCUUGGCCGAUGCCCUGCACACCCUCCGGAACUACCUGCCACCCGUCUACAGCCAGAGGGGCCAGCCGCUCACCAAGAUCCAGACGCUGAAGUACACCAUCAAGUACAUCGGGGAGCUCACGGACUUGCUCAACAGCGGGAGGGAGCCUCGGCCCCAGAGCACCUGAGCCCCCCUGGGGCUCCCUGGACCAGCAGCACACGGUCAUGUUUGCAUGGUCAGCGUGUGACCUUGUUUCAGGAGAGUUUUAAGGGAAUUCCCACUGGACUUGGUGGAACUGCCAGAUAAGCAGGUACUUUGCUUCCAGCUUCCCCACGAUUUCUCAGGAGUCUCGCCCUUUGCA